UUGUGCCUCUCUGAUUCUGAAUGCUGGUGGGUUCAGUGUUUGGUGAAGAAACAUAAAAAACAAAAGAAAAAAAAAAAAAGGAACUUCGUGAGAGAAAAACAUGGGUAGGGGGAAGAUUGAGAUAAAAAAGAUUGAGAAUUUGAACAGCAGACAGGUUACCUUUUCCAAGAGGAGAAAUGGGUUGCUGAAGAAAGCCAAAGAGUUGUCUGUUUUGUGUGAUGCUGAGGUUGCUGUUAUCAUAUUCUCUAGCACUGGCAAGCUUUAUGAGUUUUCUAACACAAGCAUGGAGCAUACCCUUUCAAGGUACAGCAAAGGCAUGGAAUCAGAUUGUGCAGAGGAACCUAUUGAUGAGCCCCCAGCAGAUGUUAUGGAGCCUGAUACUAAGCUUCUGAAGGAUGAAAUAACAAAGCUUCGUUCAGCAUAUGUGAGAAUGAUGGGUAAGGAGCUCGAUGGAUUGAGCCUUAAAGAACUGCAGCACCUAGAAAAUCAACUGAGUGAAGGGAUACUAUCUGUCAAAGACAAGAAGGAACAAGUACUUGUAGAACAGCUUAGGAGGUCCAGGUUACAGGAGCAAAAGACAGUGCUGGAGAAUGAAGUUCUGCGCAAACAACUUGAGGAGGUACAAAAUAAAACAAAGACACAGUUCCUUCAAUUCAAUUGUUUGGAUAGGACAAUUUCCAUGAACGGCUCAAAACCCCUUUUCAAUUGUGCUUCAGAGGACAACGAAAUUUCUGAUACUACCUUGCAGUUAGGGUUGUCAACAGAUUAUGGUCACCAGAGGAAAAUAUUGAAGACAGAACCUUGCAACGACUCAUGGAGUCAAGUGGCUUCUCAGUGA